CUGCUGGAACAGGAUGGGGAAGUGGUGAAGGAUGCCAGGAGAGCUGCUUCCAUAGGACCAGAAGUGUUUUCCAGCUACAGCAGCAGUGCCAUGUCUGAGGCGGUGGUGCCUGACACGAUGGUGUCCCCAGCAGUGAGUAGUCUGUAUGGAGAGAAGACUGGUGGCCCUGCGGUGGACUUCAGCUAUGUAGGCAUUGAUGCCAUUCUGGAGCAGAUGAGGAGGAAGGCCAUGAAGCAGGGUUUUGAGCUCAACAUUAUGGUUGUGGGGCAGAGUGGCCUGGGAAAGUCGACUCUGAUGAACACGCUGUUCAAGUCCAAAGUCAGCCGAAAGUCUGUGAUGGCUACAGCCCAGGAAAAGAUCCCCAAAACGAUUGAAAUUAAAUCCAUCAGUCAUGAUAUUGAGGAAAAAGGCGUGAGAAUGAAGCUGACAGUCAUUGAUACGCCAGGUUUUGGAGACCAGAUCAACAAUGAGAAUUGCUGGCAGCCCAUCAUGAAGUUUAUUAACGACCAAUAUGAAGCAUACCUUCAGGAGGAAAUCAACAUAAACAGAAAAAAAAGGAUUCCAGACUCCCGAGUUCACUGCUGCAUAUACUUCAUCCCCCCAACUGGACACUGUCUGCGACCUCUUGAUGUAGAAUUCAUGAGACGUCUCAGUAAAGUGGUCAACAUUGUUCCGGUCAUUGCAAAAGCGGACACUCUCACGCUGGAGGAGAGGGACUUCUUUAAAAAGAAGAUCAGGGAAGAGCUGCGAGCCAAUGGGAUAGACGUGUAUCCCCAGAAGGAAUUUGAUGAGGAUGCAGAGGACAGGAUGAUUAAUGAAAAGAUCAGGGAGAUGAUUCCGUUUGCUGUUGUGGGUAGUGACCAGGAGUACCAGGUCAAUGGCAGGAGGCUGCUGGGCAGGAAGACCAAGUGGGGUACUAUUGAAGUUGAAAAUAUUGCCCACUGUGAGUUUGCCUACUUACGGGAUCUUCUCAUCAGAACCCAUAUGCAGAACAUUAAGGACAUCACCAGCAGCAUCCACUAUGAAAUGUAUCGUGUGAGGCGUCUCAAUGAAAAUAACACAGCAGUGGCUCAUGCCAAUGGUAUCCCGGAACAUCAUUUGGCUGCCCAUGAGAUGUAGACUGCCCCAUCCAGCUGCAGUGUAAUGCCUUAGCCAUGAGACUUUGAUCUUCUAGGACAGUCUUCCACCACUUCAGCCCACAUCUCACAGGUGGGAUAGAAACUUAGAAGCCUGCCAGAUGGACUUUAUAUUCAGUAACUUUCUGCAGAUGAAAAGACUGUUUGUCAGUUUAUUGCCUCUUUAACAAACUUUACUAUUAUUCUUGGCAAAGAUAGUUAUGAGAAGGCAUAGUCUUGAUAAUAUUCUGCGGUUUGACUUUUACCUGCUUACACAACAUACAGUUAUUACUUUUGUGGUGCCAAAAUUUAUAUUUCAGCCAAACCAAAUGGACUGACACUCAUUAUUUUUCCGUGUCAGGUUUUCCUUAUUCAGUAACAUAUAAUCUCAUCCACUCCUUUUUGAAAGUUUGGCUUUUUUUAUUUUUUAUUUCUGCCCAGUCUUCUACCAUCUUUGAUGCACAGUUUUCCGUUUUGUUCUGUACACUACACUAUAAGGUGUGAAAAGUGAUUACAUCCAUGAUUGCACUUGACGCUGCGUGGUCUGUCAUUGACAAAGCAUGUUGGAAGAGGGCCGAGCAACACUCUCCCAAAAUGUGACGCCUUAAGUCAAAAUAGCCUGUGGGAUGCAGCAUCAACCAGCUUUCUCUUUUUCUCCAAAUCCAAGGUUGCCAAACAGCACAUCAAAUGUUUGACUUUGUUUCAUCACAACCUGUGUUUUUCUUAGUUUUUAUAUCCUGUUGAUUAUAGAUGUCAGGCUUCUGACGUCUUUUUAAAUUCCCAGUUAUAAAUGUCAUUGUUUAUUGAUAGUAAUAAAUAUCUUAAGAGUGAUUUAAAAUGAAAACGUAUUUAUGCACGAUAUAAAAUGUGAAUGGUUUUCAUCAGUUGUGGUCCACGUAUUCCGAUUUUCUACACGCACGCUCUUACAAAACCAAAGAUACGUUCGUGCUUUUCCCGCUUUUAGGCCCACCAUUGUGCCGUAUUUAUUGGAGAAUGUUAUGGUAGCUUGUUUGAAACUGGAAAGAGAGCAGGUUUGCUGGGUUCAUGUAGAACACAUUUAGACUAUUUUAAAUCAUUGUUGCAUUUUUCUGGGACAAAAUAAUCUGAUGUUCCAUUGACCAGUCGACUUUAAAAAAAAUCUAUUUUCCAUAAUGUACCAAGAAUCUUUGUCUCUUUCAACCAUAUAUAAUUCUCUCAGCUGUCACUGUCAUGCUCUGUCUUGUAUAUUCGUCUGUUUGAUACAUUUUUGUACUUGUAUUAUUGAUAACAAAUGUUCCUUUAUCUUAUUUUAAAGAAAUAAAGAUUGAAGUUGUA